CCUUGAGUUAUAGUGUCCCAGUGAACACCAUCCAACAUGGAGUAUGAGAACCAAGGUCUGCUGCAUGAAAUGUUUGUGCGGCAAGCAAAGGCAACACCUGAUAAAAUAGCAGUUGUGACGGACAGUGGCAAGCAAGUUACAUUUGCAGAGCUAGACGAACUGACAGAUAUUCUCGCCACAGCUCUUAGGAUCAAGGGGGUGAAACCCAACACCAGUGUGGGGAUAUACCUUGAGAGAUGUCUGGAGUAUACCAUUGCUUAUAUAGCAAUAUUAAGAGCAGGUGGGGCAUACUUGCCUCUAGACCUUGCUUACCCACGACCAUUGUUGGAAGACAUCAUUGCAGACGCAACCCCUGUUGCCGUAGUAACAUUCGAAGGAUUAAUGGACAGAGUUGCAACUGCAGAGUGUGUGUUAACCCUGGAUGAAGGCUGGGCUGAGAGGCUCAAGGAGGAGAACUCCAAGCAUGCCCCCUUCCCAGGCCCCCCAGUGGUCACUCUGGACUGUUUGGCAUAUACUGUUUACUCUUCAGGGACCACAGGGAAACCCAAGGGCAUCCAAUGCCCUCAUCGCGGCGCGGUGUUCUCCUACCACUGGAGGCACAAUUUUGCACCUUACGAGGAGGAUGACAGGGAGGCCUGCAAUGUAUUCUUUGUGUGGGAAAUGCUAAGACCAUUACUGAAAGGUAUUCCAUUGUACAUCAUACCAGACACCAUUAUCUAUGAUCCAGUACAGCUGUGUGGAUUUCUUCAGCGACAGAAGAUCACCAGGAUGCUGUUUACGCCAUCUUUGUUUGAAGCAGUGCUUGAUGUCGACACCGCAGACCUCCAGGCAGCUUUUAAGAGUAUGAGACACAUCUGGUUCUGUGGUGAGGUGGUCACCAUUGGGCUGUUGGACAGGUGCAUGAAAACCAUGCCAUGGAUUAGGUUCUUCAACUUGUACAGUGUCUCUGAGUGCCACGAUGUCGCUGUGGCCGACUUGUCACAUUUCUACCAGGAUAUGAAGCUUGAAGGCCGCAAGUUCUGUCCAGUAGGAAAGUUACUCCCAGGGGUUAAAGUGGUCAUUUUAGAUGACCAGAUGAAGCCGCAGCCAGUGGGGGUGCCUGGGGAGAUCUAUGUUGGAGGGCCCACCUUGGCUCUGGGUUACCUGAACAGACCAGAGCUGAAUUCAGAGCGUUUUGUCCAGAGUCCCGGGGCAGUGUCCAGUGAGGUAGGCGCCAGGCUAUACAAGACUGGAGACUGGGGUUACAUGCUCUCGGAUGGCAGUUUUGAGAUCUGUGGGCGCUGUGACUCCAUGGUGAAGAUACGAGGGUAUUCUAUUGAAAUACAGGCCGUGGAGGCAGCCAUUUUGGACCUGCCCACUGUGAAUGCUGCGGUGGUGAUAGUAAAGGGAGAAGAGGGGGAGGACAAGUACCUGGUGGCCUACAUUGUACCUGAGGGACAGACCACCAAGAAAGAAAUCAGAGCUGCACUUAAGAGGAGACUGCCCUUUUACAUGAUUCCAUCCUAUUUUGUACUGUUGAAGGAGAUCCCCAUCUUAGCUUCGUCUGGCAAGUUGGACAAGAAGGCCCUCCCUCCUGUGAAGGAGGAUGAAGAGACAGACCAGGAGGGGGCACCCACCACAGAAUUGGAGAAGCAGCUGGCCCUGGUCUGGGCUGAGGUCCUGCAGCACAAAUCUAUUGAUGUACAAGAGAGUUUCUUUGAUCUGGGAGGCCAUUCCCUUCUUGCCACAAAGCUGCUGAACAGAGUGAAGGAGCAAUUCAAGACGGAGCUGACGGUGCGUGAUUUGUUCAUCCAUUCCACGGUAUCCAUGAUGGCCAAGCUGAUAGAGAGGCAGUCGGGGACGGGUGACACUGCGCUGGCCAGGCUGUCACCAGAGUUAGACCUGAGGAAAGAGGUUGAGAUGCACAACCAAGGAGCUGUCAGCAUGGACAUAGAACUGCGCUCUUUCUGGAGGUCAGUGCAGUACAGUAAUAAAAACAAGUGGUACAGAGGCAGGGUGCUUCUGACAGGUGCCACGGGCUUCCUGGGUGCUUUCAUACUGAGAGAUUUAUUACUUAACACAGGGACUCAUGUCUACUGUGUGGUGCGAGCCCUCCCCGAGAAAUCAGGUCUUCAGAGAUUGAAGGAGACACUGCAGCAAUAUGGCAUCUUGCCGUCUCCGAGGAAAGAUUUGACCGAGGAACAGGAGAUUUGUGCAAAGGAGGUGGAUUACAGGGUUACCACUGUUGAAGGUGACAUUACUCUGGUAAACCUGGGGAUGUCUGAUGAAGACUACCACCAUUUCACAACUGAGAUUGACACUGUGAUCCAUGCUGCUGCUUAUGUCAACCUUAUCUACCCAUAUCAGGCAUUGCAAGGCCCUAAUGUCCUGGGGACUGAGAACAUCAUCUUGUUUGCAUGCAGCAGUAAAAUAAAACCACUGCAUUAUAUCAGCACUGAUGGUGUGUUUCCCCAUGGGUUAAAGGACUGCUCUGAGGAGGAUGAUAUGAUCAAGCACUGUGAUAACUUGGCUGAUGGUUACUCUCAGAGCAAGUGGGUGGCUGAACAGUUGGUCCUGAAGGCACGGAGCAGAGGUUUGCCUGUCGCCAUCUAUAGGCUGGGAAAUUUGUCUGGAGACAGCAAAUAUGGCUAUUGGAAUGCACAAGACUUCAACCUGUUGAUGAUCAAGUCAUGUAUCGAACUGAAGGUGGCACCAGAUGUCAACUGGAAGGUGGAGAUGACGCCUGUGGACUUUGUGAGCAGUACCAUAGUGCAGAUGACUCAAGACAUCAUGCUUUCCAUGGGGAAAGUUUUCCACAUGGUGAACACAAAACCCAUGGAUUCAAGGUGGUUGUUUGAGUGGCUGAUGGCGCAUGGUUAUGCUGUGAAGAUCGUCAGCUAUGAGGAUUGGGUCAAACGGGUGAAGUCUGCACACCAGAAGAAAGGGGAUGGUCUGCUUGUCAGGUUACUGGACAACAUGGUCAUGGACAGCAGUUUCUUCUCCAACCUCAGCACCUACAGAAAUGACAACUUCCAAGUGGUAAUGAAGACUCUUGGCCUCUCAUUUCCAUACACAGACUCCACCCUGCUCAACACAUACUUCAGAGCUCUGAUAGUGCAAGGCAUCAUACCUAAACCUAGGAGAAAAACACUGA